UCCACUAUAAGACUAUCCGAACGAACUACGCACCGAGGCAACGAGGUAGGUUAUGCGAAGUAUAAAAUCGUCCCUUCAGAAGGGACUGUUGAUGGGCGUAGUACCAUACCAUCGUAUGAGGGUCGUUUUUUUCCGUCGUCUAUCCCACUGUGCUCGAUAUUGGUUGCCGGUUGAUAAGCACCGCUGGUGCGCGUCGAUUUUCCCCUCCGGACGACGGAAAAAGCCGAACGGAAAGCGUCGUAACAGCGGAAAACGCCGUUUCCAUGGUAGCUAGUCGCCACGAAGGAGCGGAAAAGGAUCUAAACUGGGGGUAGGCACCAGACCAGCAUUGUAAUAUCGUCGACUGCUUUUUGUGAUCCAGGCGAAUUCGCUUCUUGCUCUCGGUCCAGGCAACAUCGUUUGGGAAGAAUAUAAAGUAACCAUUACUAUACGAGAAGUCGGUUUGUUGUGUUUAUGUGUUUCAUAGUGCUGCUGCACUCGGCUGGAGUGUCUCACAGUCUUUUCUAUACAUCCGGUCUCUAUCGCAACCCGCUUUCUUCUAUUUGAUCUGUCCUAUGUGCGUAACGUAAAGAAGGAAGAAAAACCAGGAAUAAGUGCUGUGAAGUACUUGAUAGUAUAUUGCACACGGCAAGGUGUUUGAUUUCAUUCGUUUAAUAAAAGUGGUUGGCGAAAGUGCUGUAAGAGUGGCAAUAAUAAUCAUCAGUGCUAAGUAUUUAAUUGUUUUUGUAAGGGGAUAAGGAGUGUUUAUUGUUCAACCGGGCGAAAAAUUAAGUGAAGUCCUACCAUGCGAAGCUAGGAAUAGUAGUUGCAAUAAAAAAAGUGAGUGAAUUAGUGCAAAAGGCAGCAACCAUAUGUGGCCGGGAUCAACGUCGUGCUCGAGCGGCUCGCAAUAAGUUCUAUUCUGUACACGCUUCCUUACGUUUCUGCUUCAAUCUAAAUGAAAAUGUCUGACUUUGAACGAAUAAGACUGGUGAUCCUUGGUGGUGCUGGCGUGGGAAAAAGCUGCAUUAUAAAACGUUUCCUCUUCAAAACUUAUUCAGACAAGUACAGACCAACCGUGGAGGAUUUGUACAAUCGAGAAUACGACCUGGGAGCAGUGACGUUAAAGGUUGACAUACUUGACACAUCUGGGGAGAUGCAAUUUCCGGCAAUGCGGAGACUAUCGAUUGCCACCGCCCACGCUUUCCUGCUGGUUUACGCCAGUACGUCCGAGCUGAGUCUGGGAUGUGUGAAACAGUGCUUUGAGGAAAUCCGAGAACAACGAGCCGACUUCCAGGACAUCCCAAUGGUGAUUGUUGGCAACAAAAGUGAUCUCAGCAGCACACAUCGAGAGGUACGCAUCGAAGACGUAUCGGAGUGGGUGUUUUGCGAACUGCCGAAACUGAAGGUGAAGGUGAUGGAGUGCUCCGCGAAGGACGACGUGAGUAUAACCGACAUUUUCAGAACAUUCCUAUCGCUGUCCCGCAUCAUUCCGGCCAAUGGAAAUACAGACUCGUCGUCGGGGUUGAAAAGGCGUUCGUCAGCUUAUGUUAGUGCCAGUAGUAAAGCAAAAUCAAGACUCGGAAGUCCGUCCAUUGGUUGUGAGAAGACUAAAGAAACGUCGUAUUUGGCAGCCGGCUGCAGUGAACCGUCAACGAGCGAUCCAAAGUCUAAGCCAAGAUCAAGAUCCUUAAUCCGAAGAUCGUCCCGGAAAACCAAACAACAAAUACAGAAUGCAUCUGGCACGGAAGACUGCAACAUACAGUAAUUGAAUGGCCGGGCGUUUCUGCUGCUGGAUACCCAUACCUACAUUCGUUCCGUUUCACAGAACCGUGCAGAUGAGAACAAAGCGGAUUAACAUAUAGUCGAAUAGUUGCAUUAGUUUGAUUCAGCACUUUCAGUUCAACUUUGUUGUCGUUUGAUAAUCAAAACUAAUUUUAUGGAGAUUAUUGCAAAACAUUCAAUAAUCGAUGCGAAGUGAAUUGUGAUCCAUGAUACUAAAUUAUAUUAAUUAAUAAUGCAAAGAUUAAAAAUCCUACAAGGGAUUUGCCAAAAGAGAAGAUACAACGUAGCUUACAAUACUAAAUAUGAAAAAAAACGAAACGAUAUGCAAACAUGUACGAUGGAGAUGGCAGCGUAUAUUACAAAGUGGACCUAUCGAGGCAGGACAUUUUUUUACAAACGGAGCAUGAGCUUUCAAAGUUGAGCAUUGCAUAUGAUGUAGACACAGAAUAAUAAAAGUUGAAAAAAAAACUACCAGUCCAGUCCAGUCAGCCGACGGCUACGAAUGGUUAUUCUCCGAUGAUGCGUUUGUAUAAUAAACUCUCGAGCCCGCGAGAUGAUAAAACGUGACAAAUGCGCAAAGGAAAGAAUUUAUAAAUCAGAGAAGGAGCAUAAAAACUGAAACAAUAUUCGUAGAUAGGAGCUUGUUGUUAAUUUUAAAACUUGUUGAUCAAAAGUAAUUGUAAGCAGCGUGACUGUUGUUGGAUGAUGUUUCCGCUACCGGGAAAAAUAAGAAAAAAACGGCACCCCAACGGUGAUUUGGUUUCUGCUUAUAUGAAAUGCGAAAAAUUGGUAUAGGUUUGGGUAUGAUAGAAGUUUAUUGGUUUUUUAUUUGCUGAAAACUUUAAUCUCUAUGAAAGGUCAUUACGUACGUCAUUUGGCUGUGCCCGAAGCUAUAAAUACUAAAGAAAGGAAUUUGUUUUAAUAUUAUUAGUACGAUGUAUUUCUCGAUUGUUUCAUUUAUUUUUCGUUUCUCAAUACAAACGAUUGUUUUUUUUUACAUGUACUUUCUUUUUAUGAUAGUUACCUAUCAUAACAAUUUAAUUUGUCAUUUUUUUUUCUUAAUUUUAUUAUUAUGUCGACAACUUCUACAAAUAUUAUAAACAAAACUGUUACACGGCUCAAAAGAAAAGAUUUCUUGUCAUAUUCUGUAGAAAUUGAAACAGCAACAAACAUUUGUAUUGCACAUUUGGAAGCAAUAAUUUGAAACUUGCUCAUGGUAAAAAAAUACUUGGCUGAGCAAACCAGAGAGAACAAAUAAAAAAAAUCAGGCUGUGAAGUUGAGAUAUUAUAUCCCAAGCCCGUGCACAAGGGAGGGGUUUUGGGGGUUAAACCCCUCUCAUUGCCGAUGUUGCAUACACCAGGCGCCCCUCCGCCCUUGGCCGAAAUUUGGGAAAACUCUUCCUUUGUCGCCUUUUCUGUGCACGGGCCUGUUAUAUCCUAUUUACUAAAUAAUCAAUUCAAAAUGUGUUAUAUAUAUGGAGGGAGUUUUCUCAAGUUUCGCAUUAUUGCGCACUUUUAAAGAUUACCCAACUAACAUUUUUGCUGUAUAAGAGCUUAAACAAGCUUUCUUCCGAAAGCGUUUGCUCCAUAAGCUUUUAUGCAGCUACUUUUGUUAGUAGGGUAAUCCUUACCUU